UACGUGUGAAAUCAGUGAAUGAUCACAGAGGUCACAUGGUACAAGGCUAUUCACAACAGCUUUGUACCAUGUGACAAGCUGUGACCAAUCACAGCUCACUCAGUACUACUCAAUGAGUGCAAGAAUGCAGACAGAGAGAAAGAGAAAUGAUUGCUUUUACAUCCUAUAUGGGUGUAAAAGCAAUCAGUGUACAAAAAAAAAAAAAUCUUUAUCAUCCCCCCACAAGUAGUACAGUUUCCCCAUGGUUACACUGUACUUCUAGGGUGACAGUAGCAAUCGGUGUUCUGCUGUGUCCUGAGGACACAGCGGGCACUGGAUCGCGUGCACAGUCCAAAAUGGCGGGCACCAUUUCUGAACAGCAACCUGCCUCUGCACUGCUCCCAUCUGGCCGUUUAUAUAAAUGGGCCGGACGGGAAGUGGUU